AUGCCGCCGGCCUCCCCUGCACCCCCUACCUCGCCGCGGGCGGCCCCUGCCUCGCCGUCCCCGCGCCCCCGGGGCCUGCCUCACCUCCACCGGCCCUGCCUCGCCGCCCCCGCGCCCCCCGGGCCCUGCCUCGCCGCCACCGGCCCCAGCCGCGGCCGGCCCCUCUCUCGCCGCCACCUCCCGCGCCAACCUCCCGCCACCUCCUCGCGCCGGCAAGCCCCGCGUGCCCCCGGCUCCUUCCCAGCCGCCGGCAAGCCCCACCAGCCGCCUCCCGGCGCCGACUCUACCCCCGCCCCCGACUCCUCCCUGGCGGGGCGGAGCUCCCUAGCCACCCCACCCCUGCCCGUCUCCCACUCUCCACGAACGGCUGGAUUGGAUCCCGCAUCCAGCGGGAAUAUUCCCCUCGCUGGAUCUAUCUUUCCCCAAAUAUUGGCUAAUAAGUUCGUGGUAAUCAUGGGUGCUACGGGCACGGGUAAGAUGAAGUUAUCAAUUGAUGUGGCUAAGGUAAUUGAUGGUGAGGUGAUCAAUGCUGACAAGAUGCAAAUUUUUGCUAGAUUUGAUAUUACCACCAAUAAGGUGAGUAUACAUGAUCGAUGUGGUAUUCCUCAUCACCUUAUUGGAGUCGUUCCUGCCACUACCCCCGACUUCCAUGUGUCCUUCUUCCGAUCUCUUGCCACUGCCACCGCAAACUUCAUUGUAAGGCGUAAUCUCAUGCCGGUCAUUGUAGGUGGAUCCAACUCACUCAUACAUGGACUCCUUGUUGACUACUUUGAUUCCUCACUUGCUAAUCCUUUUGCGCUUGCCAAUUAUUGGCCAUCCUUGCGAUUUCAAUGCUGCUUCCUUCGGAUCCAUGCUAAUGAACUGGUUCUCGAUGAAUAUCUCAAUCAUUGUGUCGAUGACAUGGUGGAUGCUAGUUUGGUCAAGGAGCUGAAAGAUUAUUUUGAUGCUUCUAGCAAUUUUGUUCAGCAAACUAGGCUGGGCAAGGCUAUUGGUGUCAAAGAGUUAGGCAAAUACUUCAUGGGGCACCAGAGCUAUUGUGAUGCCAUAGAAGAAAUGAAAGAUAACACACAAUCUCUUGCAAAAGCACAAAAUGCAAAGAUUCAUCAUAUGGUUGAUAUCUGGGGAUGGCCUAUUUUUUCUCUCGAUGCCACAGAAACCAUACGGGCGCAUAUCAAUGGAUCAGACCAUAUGGCUGAGGCUAAGGCAUGGCAACGCGAUGUGAGUGGACCUGCACUUAAUGCUAUAAGUGAGUUUUGCAAUAAUUUUAAUGGUUUCUAA